GUGAUUGACCUUGUCUUGUGGCCUUCCAAAUAGCGCAUCUUAUGAAUGGAAAACGUGAUGGAUAAUAUUUCUUGUCAUCGUAUUCAUUUUUAUGAAUAUCAGCCAUCUCCAUUUUUGUGCCUCGCUAGAAACGAAUCUGGCUUAAUUGCUGCUGGCAGAGAGGAUGGUUCCGUUGAUGUGUAUGAUGAAAACCGCGAUUUUUUCAUGGUUGCACAUUUCCCCUGCGGAGUGUGUUGUUCUGUAGAAUCAUUGGUAUGGAUACAAUCCAGAUUAUUCUGCACAGGGGCACUAGGUCGUCUUGUAGAGCUUGAUAUGCAGACUUCAAAUAUAAAAAGUUCUUGUUUGUUGGUAGGAAGUCCUGCUGCUCGAUGUCUGGCUGUAUUUGAAGAUCAGAUAAUUGUAGGCAACGACGAGGGGUUUAUAACAUUCUUUUCGGUUGAAGGUUCCGAACCAGCCCCGAUCUUCACCAUUCCAAAGCUUCCAGGUAAAAUAUUAUCUCUUGCUUGCGCUGGUAAAAAGAAAGCUAUUUUGGCAACUGGGACAAGCACGGGUUCUCUUCUGCUUAUAUCCAUCCGAGAUAAAGUUUCUAAACUGAGAUUCACUUUGACGGAAUCGUCUAAGUCUUGUUUUAUUUGGACUUUGCUGUUUGCUCGUGGUCUACUGUUUUCUGGAGAUAGUAGAGGCGUAGUGAGUAUUUGGGAUAUAUCUGUUGGCGGUCAACUUUUCAGUUUUUCUUGCCACCACGCGGAUGUUCUCACUUUGGCCUCCAACCCUGAUGGCUCCAUUAUUUUUAGUGGUGGAGCAGAUGCCAUUAUAAGGAGAUUUGAAUAUACUAUAUCUGAAAAUGGAGAAGGUCAGUGGCAAUGUAGUGGUUUGAUAAGGGGAUGUAGACGUGAUAUUCAUGGAAUAGCAUUUAUUCCCGGUCAUCAUCACGAUCCCAGUACAGAUGAUUCUAUCUCAGAUCAUCGGUUUGAACCACAUCGCCUCCUUGCUGUUGGACAAGAUGCUCGUUUACAGGUGCUAUCAUGUGAAUCAGUUGAAACCGGUGUUGGAGGUUUUGCUCGAGCUGAAAAAACUUUAGCUAUAAACGUUGGGAGACCGCGUAAGCGACAGAAAGGUCAUAUUGCCUAUACUGCUGCACUGCCAUUUUGGCCUGCUUCUAUUGCAUCUACUCGCCCAUUACCUGCACGUUUUAUAACUCUAGCUGAAGAGUCGACACAUGGGGCUUUUGGUGAUCUGAUAGGUGCUUCCCGUCAUUUAUGUCUUUUGCACUAUAGAGACAAAUUAUGCUUAGUACGUCUUGGUCGACCAGAUAAACCUAGUCGGAAGAAUUCAUUCCACAGAUUUCAUCCCCUUAGUUUGGGUCCCCUUCAAAUCGUUGAAGUUCGUCCAUCAAAAGGCAUGGAAUUUAUUGAGUCUACUUUGUCUUCGUGUGGAUGUUUUAUCGCCUAUAGUGACUUUGAACGAACUCGGCUGCUCAAUUUGGAUGUGGCGUAUAAAAACAAGCGUGGCAAGUUUUGUAUAUCCAAAUCAAAAGUCAAACCAGUUGAAUGGCAGACUAGUUUGCAGAAUUCAACUACUGUCCGUGAUAAACUUCGUGGUAAACGGAUGCGUUCCGAUAGCUAUGGCAAAUCAUCAUCAAACACUUCAUCUUCAGAAACUGAAACAGAUACAGAGGAAGUUUUAAAUGAUGAUGACAUCUUGAGUUACUUCACCAUGGAUAAGUCAUUUCAUUCGUCUACUGGAAAGGAACAAGCUGUACUGUCUGCUGAUGAUUCAUGUGACCACUUUUCCUCUUCAGAGCAAAACAAAGCUGUUGGUGUAGCUCUUCCGUCUUCCUGUUUGAUGACAUUUACUCCGAAUUCAGAGCUUUUACUACUAGUUACUCAAAAAAGUGGAAAAUUCAUGUGUAUUUCUGUAGAGAAUGGCAGUAUCCUGUGGGAACGCAAUGUUGAUCAAGAUAAUUCAACUGUUCGAGCUCAUCGAAUUUCUAUUUCAAAAUUUGCCACGGAAAUUGGUUACUUAGUAGCACUUGGUUGCUCUGAUGGACGUGUACGCUUAUACGACUCGUUAACUGGCUCUGUGAUAUUCAUUUGUUCAUGCGUGGAUUCUGUUUCUGGACAUUCACCUUUACCAGUAUCGAUUGUAUUUCCAUCUAUUAAUGAACAACAUUCAGUAACUGACAAUCAAACCGCAUUGAUGUCUAAGCUGAAGUUUUCUGUUUUGUAUACAAACAGUCAAUUAAGAGAAUGGACUAUAACUAUUAAACAGACUGAGAAUACAACAGAAUCAGCUGAUUCUGACCACUCAUCAGUUCCUGCAUUAUCAACAAGACAGAUUAAUGUUGAACUGAAUAAGUGGCUGGUUAAAUUCUGGCGUACUAUGGGCAAUGAAAUUUCACGCAAUUUAGGUGUAUUUCAUAGUGUGGAUUAUAUUGGAUCGAAUAAGUGGAUGUUGGCCUCAGAUCGUUAUUUAAUCAUUCUAGUUUCUCACAAAAAUUUUAAACCUGGUAUGAUUGGUGAGAUUCUUUCACAAAAGCGAACUCCAGACCAAGAUUACUGCAUGUAUAUUUCAGGAAGUAUUAAGAGUAUCAUUCAAGCCAAAGUUCUGUCAGAGUCAGAGCUCGCAGUUAUUUCUAUUCACUCUGGAAACAUAGCUCUCCAGCUGGCGUCACCGUUGUUAAGAAAAGUUUUUGGAGCCUAAGACUUACAUUUAUGUAUAUAUUCUUAAUAUAUAUUUUUGAUGAUCAGCU